CGACAAUUUUUAUUGAAUACAUUUACUAUUUUUUUCCUAUAGCGUACGACAAAUAUUUAAAAGUGAAAUCCACAGUGUGCUUACAUACUUUGUACAUUAUUUUCAUUAUGGUCUUUUUAUGCAGUUUGUACACCGACAAAUAAUUUUCAAACAAAUACACAAUAAUUAUCAAUGUCGAUAUGAAAUAACAAUAAUCCGCCGGCCGCUCGUGGUUUUUCUGCUUUUUUUCACGCGUUCAAAAUACGGCGCAGGUACCAGACACAAUACCGUCAUAAAUUCAGAUAAUCAGAUUAACAUCAACACAUCAUCAUAUUUUCUACAGUACGGAUAAUCGUCGUCAACAAGAAGGUUUAUGUUGUAGUUUAGUGCCUACUGUCUGUAUGCGUUAAAAUAUAUUGGCUGCAAUCAAAAAACACCGUUUACUGUCGGGAACUUUAAUCAUGUUUUGGAUCAUUGGGGUAAUAUUACUUGGUGCGCUGUAUGCUGGUUAUCUGUGGCGUUCCAACAGAAACUUACCUCCAGGCCCUUGGGGUGUUCCUAUCCUCGGCUAUCUGCCGUGGCUAAAUCCAACACAACCUUACAAAACGUUGACGGCUCUGGCAUGUAAGUAUGGACCAAUUUACAGUAUUCAAAUGGGGAAACAUUUUGCAGUCGUUAUGUCGGAUCCAACAUUGGUUAGAAAGGAAUUAGCACGGAAUGAACUGGCCGAUCGCACUAACUUCGAAGUUGUCAACGAAAUAAUGCAAGAACAUGGUCUGAUAUUUACACGCGGACCUCUUUGGAAAGAACAGCGAAAAUUUGUUUGCAAUUGGCUUAAGGAAAUUGGCGUGUCUAAGUUUGGAGAGAAGAAAAAUAACUUACAACUACUUAUUACCGACGUCGUGUCUGCUUCAAUUUCGAAAUUACGACAGUCAAAUGAAAGUCCAAUUGACACAGGAACUUUUUUUCUAGUACACGUAGGAGAUUUCAUAAAUCUCAUAGUGUUGGGUAAAGCGUGGCCAGAAGAUGAUCCUAAUUGGAUUUAUUUAAGAAAUUUGGCUGAAGAUGGAUCCAAAAAAUUUGCUAUAGCUACCCCAUUGAGUGUUUUGCCAAUAUUGAAGGUAAUACCGAAAUACAGGAAUACUGUUUUUGAAGUAGUCGAGGGAGUUAAAAAUACGCAUUGCAUAUAUAAAACAUUGAUGGAAAAACGAGGUAACGAAAUCAAUGAAUGUGACGAUCUAAUGGCUAUGUUCAUGAAAGAAAUGACAAAAAGAAUAAACAACACGGAUUCCCACUUCUUCACCGAAAAACAAUGUUGUUUUCUUCUGUCUGAUCUUUUUGGUGCUGGUGUAGAAACUACCGUGAAUACCCUAAGAUGGUUUCUUCUUUAUAUGGCUUUAAAUAAAAAAAUACAGAACGACUUACAGAAAUUGUUGGAUUCUGCAUGCACCAAUAACGGAAUAAUAGAUUUAGAGCAGAUUGAAAGCAUUCCAUUGCUAAAAGCUUGUGUGUCUGAAACCAUGCGUUUACGGCCAGUAGCUCCAUCUGGAAUACCCCGAUCGGUCAACAGCGAAAUUACAAUUUUAGGUUACCGCAUACCAAAAGGGACCAUGGUUUUACCUCUGCAGUGGGCAAUGCACCACAGCGAAAAGUAUUGGACGGACCCGCAAGUAUUUGAACCGAAAAGAUUUUUAGAUGACGAAGGAAAUAUGAUACACAACAAAGCGUUCAUGCCAUUUCAAGCCGGUAAAAGAGCUUGUGUUGGAGACACGCUUUCCUAUUGGUUACUCUAUUUAUUCGGUGCAAAUAUAAUUCAUAAUUUCAAUGUUUCCAUAGAAGACGGUCUAUCUGAAAAAGAAAUUAACACCAUUAUGGAUGGGGAGUUUGGCAUAACGCUCAGUCCGGCUACGCACAACAUUGUUUUUAAAUCUCGAAUUUAAGACGAAUUGAUGCUCAAUUUUUUUUCAAUUGAUUAAAAUGAUUUUUAAAUAAAUAAAUUAUAAUCAUACAAAAUUUUUUAAAUACAAAAAUAUUCUAGAUAUGUUAUUAGUGGGAUGUUCACCAAAUGUACACGUAUAAUAUUUUAAGCCGCUUAUUAUAUAGUAUUAUAAAUUGACUAUAUUAACUGUACACGAUAAUUUCACGUGUAUUUUCCGAUAAAAUAUUGAUGGUCAUUUUCGUUGAAUCUAUCGACGUCAUCAAUAAUAUUCGUUCGUUUACAAAUAAAAAUCACAUUUACCAA